ACCUUUGACCUUAGAACAGACAGAACCGCCCGAGCAGCCAAGACAGUGUGAGUGUACUUUUCAUCAAGGGGAUUCUUACUCAAGUCUCACUGAUGGUGAAGGCUUGAGGUCACGCAGCCAUGUUCAGCAGACAGCCUGGACGGCAGUAACGUCAUGGGGAUAAUCACAAGUAAAAACAGAUUCCUCGAACUUCGGAAAAGGCCUCUGAGCUUCAGUGAUGAACAUGACGACCACAUAACGGUCAGCGAAGACAAGCGGACAGCGCAUUGGGGCUUGGACACCAGUCAGUCGGACGCCAGCGGGAGGUGCUAUUCCAACCGAACUCUUCACGCCAACGAACUUGUUCGAAUGUCAGUCCGAGGAUCCGGGUUCUUUGACCUCGGUUUGACCGACGUCCACCCAGCUCAGCUUCACAGUAACAGAGAUUUCAUCUUCAAAUGCAUCGUCAGUAAGGUGUUGUAUUUCGACCCAGUCAUAUUGGAGUUUUACAUCACACCGGAAGGGAAUGUUUGCCUGACCGAUGGAAGGGACCCGGAAGUUAAUAUCGCACUUGGCACCCCAGCGAAUACUCACUGGUUGGCGAUGAAACUUGGGUGUGGAGAAAUAACAGUUUCAUUUUUAUCAGACGGUGAAGCAGCCUCCAGCUCUGAGUCCAGUUCAGAAUCGGAGUCCAGUUCAGACACAUUAAAUCUUGCUAUGGAACCGUAAUGUAAUGGUAAUUUCAUUAUUUUCAUUAAAUGCACCAGAGCGCACGUGUGCACAUUCGAGAACCAUGUUUUUGUAAGGAGUCAGUGCGUUAUGUAUAUCACCUAGGUGUGAAGUGUUUUCUUGUAGUAAACAAUUAUCAGAGUCUCAA